AUGUUCAAGUAUAAAUCAUUUUGGAGAUUAUAUGCUUUCAGUGUAGUUUUAAGUAUUCCAUAGAUAGUUACUGGUUAUUUGUGUGUAUAGUAUUUGGAGUUUCCUUUAUUGGAUUAUGAAUGGUUUUAUAUUGGAUUAGCUUUAAGUUGGCUAUUUUCACCAUUGCUGUUAUAAGUCACUAGAUUCAAAUUAAUGGGAAUAAAUAUAAUUAUGAUUACUAUAGCAAUUAUUGGUAUAUCUACUGAAGAUUACACUUCUUAAUUACUCUAUAAGAUUUAUACAUGCAUUAUUGGGAUGUUAGAAGGCUGUGAUUGGUUAUUGACGAUUAGAUUUAUUAGAGAGUAAGUUGGAUGGGAAGAAGAAAGAUCGAUAUAUCUCAAUAAUAAUCCUUUAAUCUUUUUUUUCUUUGGCACUUUGUUAAGAAUUAGUUACAUAGAGGACUAGAAUUUUGAAGACUAAUAAAUUGUUAUUAGUAGUCUUGUGAUUUUAACUAAUUCUAUAAGAUUGAUAUCAUUCCUCACUGUUUUUAAUAAACAAAGUCUAGAGUAUUACUAUAGAAAAUUUAAAGAGCUUUAAGGCAGGGUUAUUAUUAGGAAUUAAUUUUAAGGAAAUAUUAAAGAAAUAGAAUACUUUUAUAUUUCUAACAAUGAAGCAUAUAGCCAACUAAAUAUGAAGACAAGUACAUUAUUUAAAUAAUAAUAUCGAAAUCGUUUUCUUGGAUGUAUAAUAUUAGCUCUUUUAUCUUGGUUGCAAUUGAACUAUCACAAUAAUAUAAAGAAAACUAAAGUAGUUUUAGAACACCCAUUACUCUAUUUAUUUCCUGCUUUUCUUAUAAUCGCCAUUCUCUGCUAAAUCAUCUAUAGAAAAUUUAGUAUAAUUUUAAUUAAAUUCAAGAUGUCAGAAAUAUAAUGAUAUUUUUCAAUAUAAUAUUAUUAAUUUUGAGUGCUCUUCAGUUAAGUAAAUUUAUUGUGAACUUUAUGCAAGUCUUAGAAAUAAUCAUAAACUGUGCAAUGCUAUAUAGUUUCAUCAAUUAUUAUAUUGGACUUAAUUUACUUAUUACAUAAUAAUUACCUUAUAAAGGUAUAACAUAUACAUUAAAUUUGACUUUCUUAUCAUUGUGUUUAGCACAGCAGAUUAAUCAAUUGUUGAAAUAAAAGUAAGAAAAUGAUGAAAAUGAUUCAAGACUUUAUUACAUAUCAUUAAGUGCAAAUAUAAUAUGUUUUCCAAUUCUAUUGAAAUUAAAGAAUGUAAAAUUCUUGAGAGAAUGUGAAAUCUAAUAGGUUUAUAAUUGA